UCCAUCUCGAUUUCGUGCCAGGCCCACCUGAAGGCUACUUAAUGGUUGCUCAGAAAGUAAGAGUCCCCCAGUCCAACCGUCCACCAACUCAACCUCCCCAGUUGAAGAACUUUGCAAGGAAAACCAGAAGAUGGGAUUCUCCAUGUACAUCGGCCUCUGUUGCCUUGGAAUAUUGAUCACCAAUCCUUUUUUGGGCGCCCAGGCUGCGUCGUGCCCCAGAGACUGGUUGCAGAAAGAGGGGAACUGCUAUGGAUAUUUUGAUGCUAAACUAAGUUGGGAUGCUGCUGAGCUUGAGUGCCAGACCUAUGGGCCAGGAUGUCACCUUGCCUCUAUCCUCAGCUUCCAUGAGUCCUCACUGGUGUCUGCAUAUGUCAAAGAUAAACAGGGAUCACCUGGCCCUGUCUGGAUGGGGCUCCGUGAUAUCUCUGGGGGGGGACCACUUCAUCCUGACAGUAUAAUAACAAAAGUGCAUUGCAAGCGGCCUUCCACUUCUACUUUGAAGAAAAGGCGAUGGAGAUGGGCUGAUGAAUCCACCUAUAAUUACAAAUCCUGGCAGGUAAACCAGCCAGACAACUAUAGAAACAAUGAGCACUGUGGGGAGCUGACAAAUUACUCAGAUUUUAAAUUGUGGAACGAUAACUUUUGUGGCAAUUCAAAUGCUUACAUCUGUAAGUACCAACUGUAGAGCCACCUGGACUACAGAAGAUGGGAUGCAACCAGAAGCAACUACGAAAUACCUGCAAAUUUUAUUGACACCCUGUUGAUUUUACUGCCUCUGAAUCAUCCAAAUGAAAGAUCAGAUCUUCUCCAGUGCUAUCCAACAUUUCGUCUUAGCACAGGCAACUUCACCAUUACCCUGUUCUCCUCCCUUUUCUCAAUGAAAAUACAAUUUCAAUAAAUCCUCUGUAGCAGAUAUAUAAUA